AUGCAUUCUCAUUCAAUUACCACCAAGUCCGAAGUUGACUCGCGAUGGAAGCCAGCUAUCGCAACAGUCAGCCUGGGAGCUGCGUAUUUACACCCCAUCACCGCCAAACUAGAUGCUGUCGCCUUCAAUGGCCAGCAAGGCCUUGAACUCUUUCAUGACGAUGUCGCGCAGCUCGCCAAGACCCUUCGUGGUCAUGCAAUUGACAGUGCACCCCGCACUGACCGAGAUUACGAGAUCGACGCAGCGCACGCGAUCCGAGAUCUAUGCGCUGAACGUGAUCUGCAGGUUAUAGCUCUCCAACCUUUCCGACAUUACGAAGGUCUCAUUGACCCAGAACGUCAUGCGGAACGCAUUGACGAACUCAAGCAUUGGGUUCAAUUAUGCAAGGUUCUUGGUGACUCACUCUUCAUCCUGAUCCCAUCAUCCUUCCUCGACGCCUCCGAGAUAACCUCAGACCGAGAGCGUCUCGCCGCGGACCUAGCCGAGGCUGCCGAUGUAGCAUUCCCCGUGCGCAUCGCCUACGAGGCCCUCGCAUGGGGAACGUACAUCAACACCUGGGAAGACUCGUGGGAUUUGAUCAAACGUGCCAAUCGUCCCAAUUUGGGCAUCUGUCUUGAUACAUUCAACAUUGCAGCACGAGUAUGGGCUGAUCCCAUGUCCGCAACAGGGCGGCGGCCCCCAAGUGCAGAUCAAGAUCUGCGGGAAUCAAUGACCCGGCUUGUACGAGAGAUUGAUCCGGACCGAGUACUAAUGGUUCAGCUUGCUGACGGAGAGCGGGUGGACCCACAGACUCCCUUCCUUCAAGCACCAGGCCUACCUACCUUGCUAGCCUGGUCGCGGAAUGCUCGGCUAUUUCCGUAUGAAGAGGAUCGUGGCGGAUACCUUCCGAUUCGCGAGGUAACGGAUGCCUGUAUCAACGGUCUGGGUUAUACUGGGUGGGUUAGUAUGGAGGUCUUCUCAAGAUCCACCGUGGAAGAUAACCCGACCGUGCCGAUGGAGCAUGCUGCCCGGGCCAGCCGCUCCUGGAAGCGGGUCCUGCAAUUGUUGGAAGAGAAGCCGGAGGAAUCCAUCUAA